UGGGUGGCAUAACAGAGAAUCCGGGUGAAUUGGAGUUGGCUCGUUGGUAACAGGAAAACGGUCAGUAGCGUGCGUAUCAUAGCGGUGGUUAUUAAAAAAGAAGCCAAAUAUGGACGAUAUUAAAGCGGCUUUGGCGGAUGCAGAUCCGUUCAGCAGUUGGUGGCCAUUUGUUAUUUCCGGAAUCGUGUUUGUGAUUGCUACCGUCAGAAUGUAUAUGGGAGGACAAAUAUGCCCGAACUCAAAUUCCAUUCGAGAGCAGGUGGUUGUUGUGACAGGGGCCAGUGGUGGAAUUGGCAAAGCAUUAUGCCAGGAGCUGGUACGACGCUCGGCUCACGUCAUAAUGGCUUGUCGCUGCCUGGAAAAAGGCGACCGCGCUCGGCAAUCAAUCAUCCGUGAAAUUCCCGGAGCCUCACUGGAGCUGCUGCCACUUGACUUACGUUCCUUCGAUUGCGUCCAACGGUUUGUACGAGAGCUUCAAGCACGGCACACACAUGUUGACGUGCUGAUCAACAACGCCGGUAUCAUAUUUCAUCCCGAAGAACGGACCACAGACGGUUUCGAGACGCAUCUGCAGUGUAACUAUCUGGGUCCGUUUCUACUAACACAGCUGCUCCUGCCAAUGCUCGAAAAGGCCCCACAAGGUCGGAUAAUUAAUGUCUCUGCACACGGGUACACGGCAGGCAAAAUGAACAGUGACGACCCGCUCAACGUCGGAAGCUGGGCACCCGCGUUUCACGCGAGGGAUGCUUUCUCCCACUCCAAGCUCGCUGUGGUGAUGGCUACACGGGUACUGGACAGGAAGCUGAAGGCUGAUAAAUCUAAAGUAACGGUGAACGUAUGCAGUCCCGGGUUGGUUCGUGGAACUGAACAUCUUCGAUACUCACCAAUUAUGAAAGCACUGUUUGCGAAGAUACUGACCUAUCCAUGGAUGUGGCUCUUUCUUAAAAACCCCAACCAGGGGGCGCAAACAAUGCUCCGCCUGGCGACUGAUCCUGCGUUGAGUGAGACUUCCGGAGUAUUUUUCAAUGACUGUGAACAAACGGAUAUCUGCGAACUGGCUAAGGACGAAUUGUUAGCGGAGAAGCUGUACAAAGAAACCGUAAAAGCCCUGAAGUUGUAG